UGUUUUUUUAUAGAAGAGGACCAUAGUUGAGAAAUCGGUGUUACUGUUGAAAAAGUGCUUGUUUUUGUAUGUUUUGAAAAUGUCACUUGAUUUAAGUAAAAACAAUGCAUCAUUACAGAAUGCUUGGAAAGAUGUUUUAAAUGAAAAAAGUAAAACAAAUUGGGCCCUGUUCGGAUAUGAAGGACAAACAAAUUCAUUAAAGGUGGUUUCUACUGGCUGUGAGGGAAUUGAAGAACUGAGAGAAGAUCUCAAUAGUGGAAAAAUAAUGUACGCCUUUGUCAAAAUGACUGAUCCCAAAACCUCAUUAGACAAAUACGUUUUAAUAAACUGGCAAGGAGAAGGAGCAAAUACAGUUAGAAAGGGAAUGUGUGCGAAUCAUUUACGUGACAUAGAAAAAUUUUUUAGAGGGGCUCAUUUAACUAUAAAUGCAAGAAACGAAGACGAAGUUGAACCGGAACUUAUAAUUGAAAACCUGAAGAAAGGAGGCUCUGAAUAUAGAUUUAAGGUGAAACCGGAGAUAAUAGAACCUGUCGCUCCAGUAGGUACUACUUAUCAAAGAGUAAAUCCAGUUAAAGAAAUAAAUUCGCAAGAACGUGAUCAGUUCUGGAGGAAGGAAGAGGAAGAAGAAAGGAAACGUUUAGACGAGGAGAAAAAGAAAAAACAGUCUGAAAUAUACAAAUUGGAGCUGGAAAUUGCUCAAAGAGAAGAGAAGGAGACAAAAAUGAGAGAAGAACAGACUUUAAUAAGAAACAACACUAUCGAUCAGAUCAGGCAAUCUGAAAAACAAAUUGCUAUAGAAAGUGGGAAGGAAUUCACCAGUAAGAUACCUGAAAAACCGGUUAGGAACUCUAUUUUAAAGUCUCAGCAAAUUAUUAAUGAAGUUUCCGAAUUGUCUGUCGAGAAUAAUAUGUACAAUAAAAUUGAUAACACGAGCGAUGAUGAAAAUAAUCAAUUUUCAACAAUUAAACGGUCUCCCAAAGAUAAUAUUAAAAAUUCUCCUGCGUCAACUCCUGUAGAGAAAAGUAGUUCCCAAGAAAAUAAAGGCGAUGUACUGGAAAAUGUCGAACAAAUAACCGAUCAACAAUUUGUGGACGAAUAUAUUUAUGGUUUGGGUAACCCAUUAUUUCGGGCUAGGGCUUUAUAUGACUAUCAAGCAGCCGAUGAUACGGAAAUUUCCUUCGAUCCUGGUGAUAUAAUUACUAAUAUAGAACAAGUUGAUGAAGGAUGGUGGCAAGGUUUAGCUCCUGAUGGUAUUACUUAUGGGUUGUUUCCAGCAAAUUAUGUAGAACUAAUAGAGCAAUAGUUUUCCUAUGAGUAUGAUGAUAAAGAGAAAAAUGUACUGCCUUGAUUUACUUUGUUUAAAGAAUGAACACAGUAGUCUGUUAAAAAGCAUAAUUUACAUUAAGUAAUUCAUAGCAAUUAUAAUAAUUGUAUUUAUACUUGUUAGGUUUUUAAAACAUAAUAUAAAUGUGAUAAAAAUUAAAAAUGAAAAAGCAUCACAUUUUAUAUCUACUAUCAUCGCUUUUUGAACAUAUUCAUUGUAAUAAUUGUAUGAACAUACGUUAUUUGUAUCAAAUUUUAUAUCAAUAAUGAUUAAAUCAAUUAUUCGAGCUAUAUGCACAAUACAAUUUUUUAUCAAUAAACAGUUAUUUCUAUUACUGACAAUAAUAUUUACUUUUUCUUCCUACGGUUAUGAGUUUUAUACUAUUCCAAAUAUAUCUCGGUAGCCUUUUAGAAUAAAGAAUAUUUAUACUGUUAACAGGAGCUGGUAUAGCAAAUUGCUCCUUGGAUAGUCAAUACAAAAUUAAUGACAUGCAUGUGAAAUCAACAUAUAUUGUAUAAAACGAUCAUUACAUAUGUUUUUUGCUUAAUAAAUUACUUUUAUAUGAAAACAC